AUGGAUAACGACCCUUAUGAGAGAGACGAGACCUUCUGGGCACCAGGAACAGUUGCUCUAGAAGAUAUCAACGCCUCUAGAGAUCAACUCGUCCUCUUCCCCACCCCCUCAGCCGACCCCAAUGAUCCACUCAAUUGGUCAACAGCCCGCAAAGCACUCAACUUCACGCUCGUCAGCUUCUUCGUGCUAUGGACCUUCGUCCAACUGGACAUCGGCUUCACAGCAUGGGGACCCAUGCAAACAGAGCUGGGAUUCUCAGUGGAUAUACUAAACGCAGAAGCAGCCGUCAACUACGGCGGUCUAGCUGUAGGCUGCAUAUUUUUCAUGCCACUGGUACACAAGUACGGACGACGCCCAAUCUAUAUUUUCAGUGUUGCUCUCCAAUUCGCAUCAUGUAUCUGGCAGGCUGAAACAUACACCAUUGGGGAUCUGAUGGGCAGCGGCCUGAUAUCCGGUAUUGGCGGUGCAAUCAGCGAGACGAUUGUGCAGAUGACCAUCGCCGAUAUGUUUUUCGUACACCAACACGCUACCAUGAACGGGUGGUAUGUCAUUGUCCAAUCGGCUGGCGCAUUCCUGGGACCAGUGGCAUCGGGGUACAUUGUCGUGGCACAGGGGUGGAGGUGGAUGUGGUGGUGGUGUGUCAUCUUCUUUGGUGUGACACUGCUCUGUGUGGUAUUCCUAUUUGAGGAGUCGAAGUAUAUCCCCGUGCUGAAUAGCGUGGAUGCUACCCCGGCAGUGCAAUCCGUCGCGGGUUCAUCGAAGAAUCCCAAGGAUGAUAACUUGCAGGAUACGAAGAAUCCCGGUGAAACUAUUGCCAGUCGGGUAACUACCAACACCCAAAUCAAGCCGAAGUCAUACUUCCAGCGUAUGGCAUUGAUUACGCCUACUGAUGACCCUAUAUGGCCUCACUUUUAUCAGCCUAUUGUUGCACUUUUCACUUUCCCGGCAGUUAGCUAUGCUGCUAUUACAUAUGGGACUACAUUGAGUUGGUUCGCUAUUAUGACCUCGUUGCAGGCAUCCUACAUGAUUCUCCCACCAUAUAACUUCGAUGCAGUUGGCGUUGGUCUUAUGAACGUGGCUCCGUUUGUCGGCGCUGUUCUUGGAUUCCCAUUCGGUGGACACCUAAGUGAUAGGUCUAUUUUGUGGCUGUCUAAGCGGAAUGGUGGUGUUUAUGAGCCAGAAAUGCGUCUUUGGCUUGCGCUUCCUAUCGCGGUGAUCAGUCCCGCAGGUAUAUUGAUGUUUGGUCUAGGACUUGCCUAUGGCGUGCACUGGGCUCUACUGGCAGUCGGCUUUGGUUUCUUCGGAUUUGCACUUGCGGCAAUUAGCGGGAUUGCACUUUCGUAUCUCAUGGAUUGUUACCAGGAUAUCAUUGGCGACGCACUGGUUGGUGUGAUCUUUAUGCGCAACAUCUUCUCCGUGAUUGUCCUCUUCGUGCUCACACCGUGGGUCGAAGGCAUGGGCAUGCGCGACCUACAUAUAUUAGUUGCAGUCAUUGCUUUUGUUAUUUUACUUAUCCCCGUGCCAUUGCUUAUCUGGGGCAAAAAGGCAAGAGUCGCUACUGCGCCGAUGUACCGGAAGAUGGCGUCGAACCAGCUCAGUCACCGCACUGUGUAG